AUGUCUGAAUAUACCGCUCCCGGUGCCCCCGGCACCUCCAACAAUGGACCCAUGAACGGCUCGUCCGAGUCAAACUUCCCCGCCGGCGGAGGCAUGCCUGCCACUAGCGACGCUGCGAAGACGCUCUGGAUGGGUGAGAUGGAGGGUUGGAUGGACGAGUCUUUCAUCAAGAAUGUCUUUUCCACCUGCCUCGGCGAGACCGUCCAGGUCAAGGUGAUUCGCGACCGCAACUCUGGUAAUGCCGGAUACUGCUUCAUCGAAUUUAACACUCCCGAGGGUGCCCAGAAGGCACUGACCUUGAAUGGAACCCAAGUGCCCAACUCGGCACGCGCUUUCAAGUUGAAUUGGGCUUCCGGAGGAGGCUUGGUUGACCGCCGCGAUGACCGUGGUCCCGAGUAUUCCAUCUUCGUUGGCGAUUUGGGCCCAGAGGUUAACGAGUUUGUCCUCGUCUCGCUGUUCCAGUCUCGCUUCCCCUCGUGCAAAUCAGCCAAGAUCAUGACGGACGCUAUGACCGGACAGUCGCGUGGAUAUGGCUUUGUGCGCUUUGCGGAGGAGUCUGACCAGCAACGCGCCCUUGUCGAGAUGCAGGGCGUUUACUGUGGAAACCGUCCCAUGCGCAUUUCGACUGCGACCCCCAAGACCCGGUCGCAUCAAUAUGGUCACGGCGGUCAGGGCGGCAACCAAGCGAUGCCCCCUGUUGCCGGCAACCCUGCCGGUCCCAUAGGCUGGGGCGUGCCUCAAUACUAUAACCAGGGAACCUUCAACCCCAUGCAGCCGAUGAACCAGUUCACGGACCCAAACAACACGACCGUCUUUGUUGGCGGUCUCUCGGGCUACGUGACUGAGGACGAGCUUAGAUCCUUCUUCCAGGGGUUUGGGGAAAUAACAUAUGUCAAAAUUCCUCCCGGCAAGGGCUGCGGCUUCGUUCAGUUUGUCCACCGCCAUGCCGCCGAGAUGGCCAUCAACCAGAUGCAGGGAUAUCCCAUCGGCAACUCGCGUGUCCGCCUGUCCUGGGGCCGAUCCCAGAACAACUCGGGUGUUGGCACCCCCUAUCGUCCGGCCCCUCCCCCGCCGCACUAUAUGAACGUGAACAUGGCUCCUCCUCACAGCCAGGGACCUCCGGGUCCUUACGGACCCCAGCACUUCGGUGGUAACCCGCCCCAGGGCCCCCCUCCUGGCGGCAUGCAGUCAGAGAAGCAGAAGAAAUCGGGGCGGAAAGGGUCAGUCGAAAAAAGACAAGGCUAA